AUGAUGCUGCGUGGCAUCUUCCUGCUGUUGAUGCUCUGGAGUUGUGAAGGUGCAAUUUUUGCAGAGAGUCGUGAUGACAACAGCGUUUAUGACUUAUUCGAUCUGGUGCGGGUAGACAAGAAGCAUAACGGCGUCACUCUGGUCAAAGGAGCCGACCCGUACAGCCCGGCGUACAAAGUUAUGAACGCAGACCUGAUCCCACCGGUCCCCGACAACUCCUUCGGGGACCUUAUUGACUCCAUCCAGUCAGAAAGGGGCUUCAUCCUCCUGGUCAACCUGAAGCAGUCCAAAAGAAACAGAGGAAGCCUCUUGAUGGUCGAGAGGAAAGACGGCUCCGGUCCCGUGUUGGAGAUCAUCUCCAACGGCAAAGCCAACACUUUGGAUGUCUCCUACUCCACCGGUGACCAGCAGCAGCUGGUGUCCAUCGAGGAGGCCUACUUAGCUACGGGACACUGGAAGAACAUCACGCUGUUCUUCCAGGAAGACCGUGUGAAACUCUAUGUGGGCUGUGAGGAAAUCAACGUGUCGGAAAUGGACGAAACGAUCCAGAAAGUGUUGUCUCACGAGAUGGCGGACAUCGCCAGGCUUAGGAUUGGGAAAGGAGCAACUCGAGAUAAAUUUAUGGGAGUGCUUCAGAAUGUGAGAUUCGUCUUUGGGACCUCACUAGAGACUGUCUUGAGAAAUAAAGGAUGCCAAAACGGAGCUGCCUUGACUGAUGUCCUGACUCUGGGAAACCCAGUCAAUGGCUCCAGCCCUGCCAUCAGGACCGACUACACUGGCCACAAAAGUAAAGAUUUCCAUUCAUUCUGCGGCCUCACCUGCGAAGACGUCGCCGGGCUGUUCAAGGAGGUGCGUGGCCUCGGUAUGGUGGUGAAGCACGUGACCAACAAGCUGCGUGAAGUGACUGAGGUCACCACCAAGAUUCGAGAUGAAAUGGAGAUGCAAAGCAGUGUUUGCAUCCACAAUGGAAUUAAGUACAACGACAGAGACGAGUGGACCGUGGACGACUGCACUGAGUGUACCUGCCAGAACUCUGCCACCGUGUGUCGAAAGAUCUCCUGCCCACUGAUUCCCUGCGCCAACGGCACUGUGCCAGAGGGAGAAUGCUGCCCCCGUUGCGGAAAUCCGAGAGACUCCGCGGAGGAUGACUGGUCCCCCUGGUCUCAGUGGACCCGUUGCUCGGUGACUUGUGGUCGGGGCAUUCAGCAGCGUGGACGCUCUUGCGAUCGCAUCAACAGCAACUGCGAGGGCACCUCAGUCCAAACCCGCGACUGCUUCCCCCAAGAAUGUGACAAACGCUUCAAACAAGACGGCGGUUGGAGCCAUUGGUCUCCCUGGUCUUCAUGCUCCGUAAGCUGUGGAGAGGGGGUCAUCACUCGCAUACGUCUCUGCAACUCUCCGACACCCCAGAUGGGUGGCUUGAACUGCCAAGGAGAGGGACGCCAAACUGAAAUCUGCCAAAAGUCACCUUGUCCAAUCGAUGGAGGUUGGGGACCUUGGUCACCGUGGGACACGUGCACUGUUACAUGCAACGGAGGCAUCCAGAACCGCAAACGUCUCUGUUCUGAUCCUACUCCCAAAUUCGGUGGCAAAGACUGUGUUGGCGAAUCCACCAUGUCUCAAGUGUGCAACAAACAGGAUUGUCCCAUUGACGGUUGCCUCUCCAACCCAUGCUUCCCUGGCUCAAAGUGCAUCAGCUUCCCAGAUGGAUCGUUCAAAUGUGGCACGUGUCCUCUCGGCUACAACGGCGACGGCAUCACCUGCAAAGACAUUGACGAGUGCAAAGAGGUCCCCGAUGCUUGCUACACACACAAUGGAGUCCAUCGAUGCGAGAACACGGAGCCAGGUUACAACUGCCAACCGUGCCCCGCUCGUUACUCUGGCUCCCAGCCCUUCGGAAGGGGAGUGGAGCAAGCUACUGCGAAAAAACAGGUUUGCAAACCACGAAACCCUUGCCGAGACGGUAGCCACAACUGCAACAAGAACGCCAACUGCAUUUACUUGGGCGUCUUUUCCGAGUCCAUGUUCCGCUGCGAGUGCAAGCCAGGGUAUGCUGGCAAUGGCCAUAUUUGUGGAGAGGAUACUGAUUUGGAUGGUUGGCCCAACUCUGAUCUGUUAUGUGUGGCAAACGCUACCUACCACUGCAAGAAGGAUAACUGCCCAAACCUUCCUAAUUCUGGUCAGGAAGAUCAUGACAAGGACGGACUUGGUGAUGAAUGUGACCACGAUGAUGACAAUGAUGGUAUCCCUGAUGAUAGGGACAACUGCCCAAGAGUGUACAACCCCGCUCAGUAUGAUGCGGACAGGGACGAUGUCGGUGACAGCUGUGACAACUGUAUUUUUGAAUCAAACACUGACCAGACCGACACCGACAAUAACGGCGAAGGGGAUGCCUGCGCCGUGGACAUUGACGGUGAUGGUAUUCUGAAUGAGAAUGACAACUGCCCAUAUGUUUACAACGUCGACCAAAGGGAUACAGACCGGGACGGGGUGGGAGACCACUGCGAUAACUGCCCUCUCGAGCAUAACCCCGAUCAGACCGACUCGGACUCUGAUCUCGUGGGAGAUAAGUGUGACAACAACCAGGACAUUGACGAGGAUGGCCACCAGAAUAAUUUGGACAACUGUCCUUACAUACCCAAUGCCAACCAAGCAGACCACGACAAGGAUGGCAAGGGCGACGCCUGCGACCACGAUGAUGACAACGACGGUAUUCCCGAUGACAAAGACAAUUGCAGGCUGGCCUUUAACCCUGAUCAGUUGGAUUCUGAUGGCGAUGGCCGAGGUGACGUCUGCAAAGACGAUUUCGACCAAGACAACGUCCUGGAUAUUUAUGAUGUUUGCCCAGAGAACUUUGCCAUCAGUGAAACAGACUUCCGACGAUUCCAGAUGGUUCCCCUGGACCCUAAAGGCACCUCGCAGAUUGAUCCCAACUGGGUGGUCAGACAUCAGGGCAAGGAAUUGGUUCAGACCGUCAACUGCGAUCCGGGCAUCGCCGUCGGUUUUGACGAGUUCAGCGCCGUCGACUUCAGCGGAACGUUCUUCGUCAACACGGAUCGGGAUGACGACUACGCCGGUUUUGUCUUCGGCUACCAAUCAAGCUCUCGAUUCUACACGGUCAUGUGGAAGCAGAUCACACAGACCUAUUGGUCUAAUGUUCCCACGAGAGCUCAAGGUUACUCGGGCCUGUCCAUCAAAGUGGUUAACUCCACCACUGGACCUGGCGAGCACCUGAGGAACGCACUGUGGCAUACCGGAGACACACCAGGACAGGUCCGUACUCUGUGGCACGACCCUAAGAACAUCGGCUGGAAAGACUUCACUGCCUACAGAUGGCACCUGAUCCAUAGACCAAAGACUGGACUUAUUAGAGUGGUGAUGUACGAGGGCAAGAGAAUCAUGGCUGACUCCGGAAACAUCUUUGACAAAACCUAUGCUGGAGGGCGACUAGGGUUGUACGUCUUCUCGCAGGAGAUGGUUUACUUCUCAGACCUGAAAUACGAAUGUCGAGACUGUCUGCGAAGCCUGCCUGUGACCUGCCUGCCUAGCUCUCUGAAUCUGAUUCUCGUUGCCGAAUCUGAACCAUCUUUACCUGCCUUCUCUCCUGCCCUGGUAACUUGA